CGAUGGCGGAGUACUGCAGCCUGCUGGAGGAGCUGGCGGAGAACAUCACCAACGAGGACCUGGACCAGCUGAAGUCGGCCUGCAAGGAGGACAUCCCUAGUGAGAAGCACGAGGCGAUCACCACGAGCAAAGACUGGUUCAGCUUCCUGGAGGAGCACAACAAGCUGGACAAAGACAACCUCUCGUACAUCGAGCACAUCUUUGAGAUCUCGCGGCGCCCGGACCUGCUGACGGUGGUGGUGGAGUACCGCACCCAGGUGCUGAAGAUCUCCGAGGAGGACGAGGUGGACACCAAGCUCACCCGCAUUCCCAGCGCCAAGAAGUACAAAGACAUCAUCCGGCAGCCCUCGGAAGAAGAGAUCAUCAAACUGGCCCCCCCACCCAAGAAAGCCUGAGUGGGGGGGAGGAGGAAGAAGGGGUUGGCUGCCAGGCCCACCACUUUACCCCCCAUACCCCCGCUCCACCACCGUCAUCCCCUCCUCCACCCCACCAGCCCCGCUCGCCCCUCCUCCCCCGCCACUC